AAUCUACAGUGAAUUUAGAUUUCUUCCAUUGAACUGUACAAAUUUCUUACUCUUAUAAUUUUGUGUACAAUUCAGUGACUGAAAAAAUGGCAUCAUCUAGUGCAAUGCCUGUGACUCAUGGAGAGAAACCUGAGAAAUUCAGUGGGCUUGAUUUCAAAAGGUGGCAACAGAAAAUGUUGUUUUACCUAACCACUUUGAAUCUGGCUAAGUUUCUCUCUGAGGAUUCUCCAAGCAAGAAUGGUGAAGAUGAGGCUGUUGUUGAAGCAUGGAAUAAGUCAGACUUUCUAUGCAAGAACUAUAUCCUGAAUGGAUUGGACAACACUUUGUAUAAUGUUUAUAGUCCAAUGAAAACAGCAAAGGAAUUGUGGGAGUCCUUGGACAAAAAGUACAAGGCAGAGGAUGCCGGCUUGAAGAAAUUCAUAGUCGGACGUUUUCUGGAGUAUAAAAUGGUGGACUCCAAAACAGUUGUGAGCCAGGUUCAAGAAUUUCAAUUAAUUCUUCAUGAUAUAAUGUCUGAAGGCAUGAGUUUAAGUGAGUCUUUUUAG